UUCUUGGGUCCGCGGCUGAGUGAGGGUCUCCCUUCGGGGGUCUUUCAUUUGCACACCACACCUCCUCCUUGGUUCCCAAGCAAGGAACCUGGCCAGGGUGCAGCGAUCCUAUUCCACAAAGAAGCGGGUACCAAUCCUGAAGAAGGCAGUCACAGGAACAAAGGCGGAAUGUCUCCUGGAAAAGGAAGUGGACAGGCAUAACCUCGUCGUUCAGUGCUCCUGCUAUUUGUGGAGACCGAAAUUCGGAGUGGGCCGAGCCGGCCAGGCCAUUCACGCCCCCUUGUGUCCGGAGCGACUUUGGAGCGGAGCAGCAGGGAAGGUGGAGGUGCCUGUGCACCGAGGCGCGCAGACGCACAGGCAACCGAGACCCGGCGGGCUGCGGGUGUUGUCAGUGCGCAGGCGCUGAAGAUCCCCGGGAAUCCGCGCGCCGCUGUGAAGCCGCAGUGCGCAGGCGCGGAGCCUCCCCAAUGAGGGCACGCGUGACCAGGCUGUACACACAGCGGCUGGUCCUAGUCGGAGCCCCAAAGGCAAGCAUUUGGUUUCCGGUUCCGGGAGUAAGCAACCGCCGCAGAGGCGACUGUUUUGGAAGAGGCACUGGUGGAGGAGGAAGAGAAGAAGAGUGGAACGGGCCGGUCGCGCUAGUGGGAUCCUUCUCAUGGGUCCACGGGCCUAGAGCGGAGGAAGCUGCGGGCCUGGUGUCAAGCUGGCUUCUGUUCUGUCCCUGAAGCAUCUAUGGCUGAGUCCUGGCAGGACUGCCCAGCCCUGGGCCCUGGCUGGAAACGCCGAGAGUCCUUUCGAAAGUCAGGGGCCUCGUUUGGACGCUCAGACAUCUAUUACCAGAGACUCAUCCCUUGGCUGUCCCCAGCAAGAAGAAAAAGAAGCCUUCUAAACCAGCCAAGACUAAGAAACAGCAGGUUGGGCUGCAGCGAAGUGAGGUCAGGAGAGAGACUCCACAGGGGGAAUAUAAGGCCCCUACUGCCACAGCUCUAGCUUCACUAUCUGUGUCUGCAUCUGCGUCUUCGUCUGCAUCUGCAUCUGCGUCUUCGUCUGCAUCUGCAUCUGCAUCUGCGUCUUCACAUGCACCUGUGUGCUGUGAGAAUUGUGGAAUCCACUUUUCAUGGGAUGGUGUCAAAAGGCAGAGACUUAAGACGUUGUGCAAAGAUUGUCGAGCACAGAGAAUCGCCUUCAACCGCGAACAGAGAAUGUUUAAGCGAGUCGGCUGUGGGGACUGUGCAGCUUGCCUGGUGAAAGAGGACUGUGGGGUGUGCUCCACCUGUCGCCUGCAACUGCCCAGUGAUGUGGCCUCAGGGCUUUACUGCAAGUGUGAGCGGAGACGAUGCCUGCGGAUUAUGGAGAAGGGUAAACGUGAUUCUAGUAAGAGAGGCUCGAAGGUAGCGUCUCAGCGUCACUCCCAAGCCCCGCCACUUCCUCCACAUCCUGCAUCACAGUACACAGAGCCCACAGAGCUGCACAUCAGCGACAUAGCACCCACAUCACCUGCUGAGUUCAUCUAUUACUGUGUAGACGAGGACGAGGACGAGCUACAGCCCUACACGAACCAGCGGCAGAACCGCAAGUGUGGGGCCUGUGCAGCCUGCCUACGGCGGAUGGACUGUGGCCGCUGCGACUUCUGCUGCGACAAGCCCAAAUUCGGGGGUGGCAACCAGAAGCGCCAGAAGUGUCGUUGGCGCCAGUGCCUGCAGUUUGCCAUGAAGCGGCUGCUGCCCAGUGCUGGGUCAGGGUCUGGGGAGGGAGCAGGAUUGCGUCCAUAUCAGACCCAUCAGACCCAUCAAAAGAGGCCUGCUUCUGCUCGACAACUCCAACUGAGCUCUCCCUUAAAGGCCCCUUGGGCUGUGGUCACAGCACCACCAGGCCCUGUCCGAGAUUCAAGAAAGCAGCAAGCAGGUAGAGGCUCUGUACUGCCCCAGCCUGACACAGACUUUGUGUUUUUACAAGAGGGUACCAGCAGUGCCAUGCAGAUGCCUGGCACUGCUGCAGCUUGCACAGAAGUCCCAGUACAGGCGGCCCAGUGCUCUGCCCCGAGCUGGGUUGUGGCCUUACCCCAGGUGAAGCAAGAGACGGCAGAUGCUCCAGAGGAGUGGACAGCAGUCACGACCUUCCUGACUUCCUCCACGCUGCAGUCUGGCUUCCCUAGCAAGGCUGCAGAUCCAGACCUUUCACCUGUGAAACAAGAGCCCCCUGGCCCUGAAGAGGAUGGAGAAGAGAAAAAAGAUGAUGUCUCUGAAACAACCCCAGCAGAGGAGAUAGGAGGGGUUGGCACGCCAGUGAUCACGGAGAUUUUCAGCCUGGGUGGAACCCGCCUCCGAGAUGCAGAAGCCUGGUUGCCAAGGUCCAAGGACCUUAAAAAUCCUGAAGCUAAAAUGCAGUAGACGGGAGGCUUCUGCUGACUGUAGGACUGAAGGUGAUAUUUGCAGACCGGCUUUAUGAAAGACAACCCUGAUCUCCAGGGGCUGGGCCCUGGCCUGGUUGCAGAGCUUGAGUGUGAAUCAACCCUAGGAGAGAAACCUACAAGCACAACGAGGAGCAGGCCUGCUCAGUCCUUGGACCUUAGAGGAAGCAAGCUGGAGAGGAAGAGAAAGAGAGUAGAAGGCUGGCAGCACAUCUGCUCCUCCGAGGAUCUCAGUGAGAUGAGAAGUUGGAUAGUAGGCUAGGGAAGGAUAGCUGAAGCACUACAGACAACUCACACAGCCAUCUUCAGUGUAUUUGUUGGUGGCUUCUGGAUGACCUGGCAGUGUGUCUGAACAUUUUCUCAGGGAAACAGCAGUUGCAAUGCUCUGCAAAUAAAGGCGGGAAAGGGACUGCUGUUUGCUGAGCUCCGCUGUGGAGCCAGCGACAGUGAACCUCACAGUAGUCUGUAGGAACACACUGGGAUUGUGCACUUUUGCAGGUGGGUAAGAUUCAGAAGAGAUGAGCUUUCCCAGCAUCAAAGAGUUAGUGUUGGUCGAGUCUAGAAAUACACCUAGGCUAUAAAAGCUUUGUUCUUUAAGCCACUAAACUGUUCACUGCAACCUUCUGUGCAAUAAUGUAUAUUACAAUAACAGUUUCAGUGACUGUAAACAUAGCAGUGGGUCACUGUGAACACUAAGAGAUUCUUUAUGUCUUGCCUUUGUCGUGGUUUAGGGGAGGCCCAGGCUGUGAGUAGAUGGAUCACCUUGUUAGGCCCUGGAUGCUGCGUAGGCUCCCUCUGUUCCUCAGCGUGUCCUUCCCCACCGCUGGCUGACAGUUUGCUGUGCCCAGACACUCGCACUUCAGGCAGGGCGGUGCUUGGGACUAAAGCUGUUAGCCUGACCCCUCUUUUCCUGGCAGCUGCUCUCUGAUGAUCUUUGCUUGUUUCCUGCCCUCAGCCCAAAGGUUUGUUAGGAGGCUGAGUGAAUUUAUACACUGAGUCCUACCCGAGGACCAGUCUUGGCUCAGCCUUACCUCAUUUCCCAUUCUUAAAAUGCCAAAAAGUGUAAAGUUUGUUACUUAGUCAACUUUACAGGGCAGGACUGUACCUCACCAUAUGUGUGUCCUGUGUACCCCAUGUAUUAGCUUUGUCCCAGCUCUGCUGUCUUAGGUAAUGCAGAUCUGGAUCCCUCUCACAGACAGAGCUCUGCCACCGUGGUCUCUGCCUUUGCCUAGUUGUGUCCUAGACCAUGCUGCUCUUCAACCCCUAGAGCGCACAUCCACUUGUCGCUUGUAUCCUGGUAGCUCUGACAGUGAGUGGUGUGUUAAGGGACGUGUGCGUGGUUGGCCUUUGACUUGUGAAUGAAGAUUCUGACUACUAUGUGUGUUUGACUAGGGGAUAAUCAAAAGGUCAGAAUCAGUACAACAAAGGCUGGUGUAUGCAUGUUAAGGACGUUUUGGGAGACGUUUUACAUUAUGUAAUUUGCAGCUAUGGUUUAGCGGCCUCUAGGACUGUCAUUUAUAUAUAAUGCUGGGACUUAAUAGUAUUCAGGAUGGGGAGUCAGGAAGGGUAGAGUAUUCUGGAUGGGGAGUUAGGAAGGGUAGGUGGACAUAUGGGAGCCCUUGAAACAAGAGUUGGAAUUCAAGAAGAUGGCCUGGAAUCCAUGCAGCGUCUCACCGCCUCCAGCUUCAGUGAUGUUUAUAUCCUGCAGAAGAAGCUAGUGUCCUUAGGAGCAGCUGGCCUAGGACUGGAGAAGCUAAAGGAAGAUCCCAGGGCAAUUGUAGCAGCUAAAAGCCUGGCUGGAGGCCAGGCUGUUUUCCCCAUACCAAGGUGAGACAGCAGACUAGUGACAGAGUGUAUGAACUGCAAAGUGCAUGGUGUCCUGCACCGGCCUCCCAAGUUUUAACAACCGUCCACUGCUGCUUCCCUUCCACUAGCCACAGCGUUUCUGUGGAUGUUCUUAACUGGAAGUAACUGGGGAGGAUCCCAGGAAGCAUAGCCUAUAGUCCAGGUGACAUGUUAGAAAGCCACUCUGCCAUGAGCCGGCUCCCAAGGGCUCACCACUCACCUGAGGAUGACAUAACAAAACUACAUUGCUGAAAAUGUAAGGCCGAAGACCAUGGAUGUCAUGAUGUUCCCAGCAAGUAAAGAAAUCCUGUCCAGCUCAUCCGUAACAGGCUUGCUGGUCUCAGCCGUGCUUGUUCCGUUCAUCCAGGUCUCGAACGCUUGGCCCAUAGUUCUCACUGGACGUGACACUGGGAUUCAGAAAUGCAGUUUUAUAAAAUGCAUCAAUAUAUAUUACAAGUGAUAAAAAGAUCUCCAGUUUAUUAUGGACUUUGAUGCUCAAAUAUAGAAUUGAGUAUAUUGUGGAAAAGCCAGUCCUUUUUUGAGUUGGUUUGUUUUGUUUUGUUGUUUUUGAAAGUAUAGAAGUUGGAAACAAUCAUUUCUAUUUCUAAGGUGUUCUAUUGUAAAAUUAUUUUAAAACAAAUUUUCUUGUUCUAUUUUUA